GAUGGCGUCGAAUGACUACAUCACAGAAGUGGAGAUACAACCGGACAUUCAAGAGAUUGAAAUUGAGAGUAUACAGUGUGAUAUUCCUUGUGAAACUGUUGAAACUACUAUAGAAUGUGUAGAUGGACAACCUAUGAUAGCAUUACAGCCUUUACCGGACCCUGGAAGAGAAGAAAUAAUUUUACAAACCCAAGAGGAGAUAGUAGGGAGUGUGGAUCCUUUAUCUGUUUAUGACCAAAUUGCAGUUCAAACAGACAAUGAUAUUUAUGUAGAAUCUAGCCCAGGACCCUCCAGAAGAGGUAGAAAACCCAAGAAACAAGGUAGAUUUCGUACAAACGAUCAAUACGUGGGUGAUAUGACUGAAACAAAAACACGCAAGUGGGAACAAAAACAAGUUCAAAUAAGGACUUUGGAAGGGGAAUUUUCCGUUACGAUGUGGGCUUCUGGUACGGACGAUGACGAGUGCAGUAAUCCAGACCCUGAUCCGGACUAUGAAGACUACAUGACAGAUCGCAAAAUACCUCAAGAAGGCAUUCCUGGACUAGAUCUCAGCGACCCUAAGCAACUUGCGGAAUUUGCCAGCACCCCUGAUUGUUUUAGACCAGGGCACAAAAUGAAGAUGAAGAAGCCGAGCAACGACAUGAUCGACCGUACGAUCGCAUGUCCACACAAAGGCUGCACCAAGAUGUUCAGGGACAACUCGGCGAUGCGCAAACACUUACACACGCACGGGCCGCGCGUCCACGUGUGUGCGGAGUGUGGGAAAGCGUUUGUGGAGAGCAGCAAACUCAAGAGGCAUCAACUGGUUCACACGGGGGAAAAACCUUUUCAGUGUACAUUCGAAGGGUGCGGUAAACGAUUCUCAUUGGACUUCAACCUCAGAACACAUGUUCGGAUACACACAGGAGACCGACCUUACGUCUGUCCUUUUGACGGCUGUAACAAGAAGUUUGCUCAGUCUACGAACCUCAAAUCUCACAUUCUCACCCACGCAAAGGCGAAGCCUCGCAACCCCAUGAACCACCGACCCAUGCAGAUGGUCAACCCCGAUGAGAUGCCUCAGUUUGUACAGGUAGAGGUGGGGGAUGUGGAACACCAGCAGUUCAUCGUGUAUGCUGAUUGAACUCGUCUUUGAAUCUUAAGGACAAACAGACUGAAACAGCUGUGAAGUGAAGCACCAUGUUCAGUUCCAGUUAAGAACUAUGAGAGAAGAUAUUUUAUACAACUAGCCAGUAGCCUCUAGGCAUCAAAUGUCUACGUUACGUCAGGAUUUCUCCAAAAUAGAAUUCAGGAUAACUAAGUGAAUUUUCUAUUUUGCACUGAAAAGUGAUGUUAUCAAUAAUAAGGUACCAUUUAUUGAAGUUACUCUUGGAGAUUUCCUGAUGAAUAUAUUACAAAGAUUUAAAAAAUAACGUCAAGCAAACGUUUUCAAAACUACUCUCUACUUAGAAAGCACGUUUUGUUUCUAUUAAAAUAAUACCUUUACCUUUUGGUUGCAAUUCAAUAUUUACAAACAUGUUUUAAACUCUGUAAAUACAUAGUUCUAAACAUUUUAAUAGUUUACAGUGUAUUUUACUGUAAAAAAAGGAAAUCAUUGAAAUAAAAAAAAAAUUAGAAAUACAUUGAUUACAACUAGAUAUUAAAUUAUAUACUUGUUUUAUGAGUAUUGAUACCUUAAUUUGAACUGGCAUUGGACAUGCUAUCCCUAGUCAACCCAACAAAGAAUCAGUGCCUCUUUCAUUGAACAUUUAGCAAUAUACGGAUGAUCCAUGUGGUUUUGGCGUUACAUUUGUCAGGUUUACAAGCUGGCAAAAAAACCAUCUGUUAGUUUUGCAGGUGGUCUUUCUGUCACCUUGUAAUAAUUUAUACUUUGUAUAUAUUUUAUGUAGUUCUAAGAUAUUAAAGACCUUAGUUCAUUAAGUGAGACAUCAAACAUAAUAUCUACCAAUAUUUUGUUCUACUAUGAUUGUGUUUAAGAAGUUUUUAGCAAUACCUCAAGAAUUUCUUUCAAUAAUAUUUUGCUGCUUGAAAAUUGUAAUUUAUUGCAUGUUCAGUUAUGAUUUAGUGUCAAGAAACUCUAAAUCACUGUUAAUUUUAAAGGAUGUUUUUAUUGCCUUUGAAAACAAAAUCAUGUUAAUAGCGUGUUUUUUUUUUAAAUCAUGUGAAUGUCUUAAAUCAUGUGAACACUGUAGAACCAACUUUAAAUAAUCUAAAUUUCAAAUAUUCUAUUCGUAAUUUUAAAUAUUUUUCUGAGCAAUUUGAAAUCAGAAAGUUUCUAGCAGAGGGUAUAUGCUGGUUUUAAAACACUAAUGAUUUGUAUAUAUUACUAUAAAAUAGUAGAUUUAAGCUAUUAUUCUUUAAAUUUUGCCAUAGAUUUGAUUUUAGUGGAUGUUUCCAGUAUAAAAUCUGUGGGAUGAAAAGUAUCGACGAUAUAUUUUUUCUCUUGUAAAUUUUUGUAACAUACUGUAUUUAUGUGUAAGCUAAGGAUUUACAGGUAAACGUAACCCCAACUGCUGAGAUUAGUAAAUUUCUACGUGAAAAUAAAUUAAUAUUUUUGUCAGAGUAUUGUUACUGUUACAUUUUCUUGAAAGGAGGUUUUACUGCAAAAAUGUGAUAUUUAUCCUUUAACACUGCUCGGCCUUUAUGCUAUCAACUCAUUCACCGUAUAAAAGCUGAAGCCGUUCAAUUUUUUAUGUAAUUGAAGUUCCCCUGUAAAUAACAUGUAUUAUGUUAAUAGUGUAAUUUAAAUAGAGUGAGCUAAUUGCGAAAUUGUGGUAACCAAUAUUUUCUUUGUAUUGUAUACAUUACUUGUGAAUUAAACUUAUUUUCAUGAUUUUUGUAA